GACCAUUAUGUCUAAGAAAUUAUUUGCGAUCUUUAAUGUGAAUAAACCGUCUAUUGUGGCCCCGGUUUGUACUAAUGUCACAGACGAUACUGACCCAGACGACUCUUUAAGUAGUCAAGGAAGUAUAACUACAGUUGAAUCUACAAAAGUAAAAUGUGUCGAUUUGGUAUCUGAAACUUGUGAUCUAGGAACUUUACUGACUGGUCCAUCUCGUCCGGUACUUGAGUCGUAUCCAAAAACUGUUUUUGGGAAACAAAACCGUGGUUUUAAUUCCGUUUAUUAUUCAAGCUUUAAUUGGCUAGAAUAUAGUAUUAAACGUGAUGCUAUUUACUGUUUUUGCUGUCGCAAUUUUAGCAUAGCAAGUGAUAAUAAUGAUUUUACGUUUACGAGUAUUGGAUUCAACAACUGGAAAAAAGCAAUUAUCCGGGUCAAGAGGAAAAAAAGGAAAUAA